AUUGUGUUGCCAAAAAUGAGCGAAAUCCGAGAGGAGUCAAGAAUGGUGGCAAUUUCACUGUACCGAGGGAACCUUCACCGAGUACCGGAAGUGCCUCGCCGAUGGCCUAUGCCAGCCCCCAAAAUCUCUCUCAAAGACUUCAAAUGUCUUCUCGCUCGCCGUUCCAAGGCACUCUCUCGCCUUCGAGCCUCCGACCCUAACCCUAACAACACUCUCCCCAACGACUCCCAUCUUGAACCACCUCCCGACGCCGCGGUCACCGUUGCUCACGCCGAAGGCCCUUCCGCCGUCUCCCAAGAAGACGAAGAUCGCAAAGAACCGCUGCUGGUCGCCGUCAGUUCGGCCAAAAAACCGCUCGCCGAAUCGGAUUUGCUCGUCGAUGCAAUGAUUGGUGAAGCUUCCGAGAAAAGACCGUUUGAUGGUGCUGACGUUUCGACGGAAAAACAGACUGAGCCGGUCACUGACAAUGUUGAUCUGCCUGACGAAAAGGCGAAAAGGAAAAAGGAAAUUGAGGAGAAGUUGCACGGCUUGAAUGAGAAUAAACAUAACCUGGUGUUGGUGUUGAAGCAGAUAUUGAAUGCGGAGGAGGAGUUUAAGAGACGAAAUAGUAUGCAAAUGGCUGGGAUGCGUGGUCCUUCAGGUCCAGUUCAAGGGGAUGGAACCAAUGAUACUGGAUCCAUGAUUAGGCAUAUGCCCCCUAGGUUGGGGUCGGAGGGAAAUCUUGCUGGUGAUGUGGAUGGUGGUGACGGGGAUGAUUUAGCUAACCAUACCAUGCAUUCUCGCCACAUACUUCGACCAAGUAGCAUGUCACCUUCGUCAGAAUCUCCUCUUCGGAGGACCCCUAGUGUUCAACAAAAUGCGAUUUCGAAUCCUUCUCGAGCAAAUUUGGGAGCUGCUGGAAGUCCAUCACGCUUUGCUCUCUCAGGUCAUCAGGGAAAUCCAGCCAAUCUACCACAAGUGUCGGUGUCAGGAACUAGUUACAUUGCAUCAUCCCCUUCCCCAGCGGCAUCUGGUGGCACUUCUGUUUUCAGAGAUGCUCGACAGCCAAGUCCUUGGAAGUAGAAACUUUCUUUUUUAUCGUUGGUCAUAUGUUAUCAUUCAAAAUUUCUAAACUCUGAUUUUAUGUAUAUAAUUUUCUUAAUGAGUAAAGACCUCUGUUUCUGUGCGGAGAA